CAAAAUUGUUGACAAAUAAAUUCACCCGGUAUUUUACGAAAUUAAAUAUUUAAUGGAUUAAGAACAUAUAAAAGUGUUUUUAAUGUAAUAUAAAAAUGUGUGAAGCACAAAUUACAAACAUCGUUAAUGGUCUACUUCGUGUAGAACCAAUUGAAGAGGCGUUUAGUUGUUAUUUAUUAAUAAAAAGUAGUGAUAGUGAUGAAGAAAUUAUUAAUCAAUAUCAGAAUGAUUUAUCUGGUGUAUUAAGUAGUUCUGGCGGAACUGCUGGAACUGCACCCAAUACUGAAUUACAAGAAAAUGGAAUAAAACAUUACUUAUCGUUGGCUGCAGCGGUCACGAACCGUAAACGAUUACAGUUACUCUUGACAAUCAUUGAAAAUUUAGUUGGUAACAACACUUUACCAGCAAGGAUGGUUUGUGAAGCUUUACUGGCAUCAGAUAAAUUAGUUUAUACAAAUGAACAUUUUUGGAUAGAGGCGUUUAGUUUAAUUCGUCGUAUAAUUGGAGGUGUUGAUUAUAAAGGUGUACGUGAAAUUAUGAAGGCAUGUCGAGAUAAAGCUCAAUCUUUACCAACCAGAUUAAACGCAAAUGUUCAACCUCAAUUACGUGUAUUGGAAGAUUUAUUAGAAUAUAUUUUUGAUCGUAAUGCUUGUUUAUUGCCAGCGUACUUAAUCGUAAACGAAAUUCAAAAACCUUGUAUAGAUACAAACAAAUGGCCUCAUUGGAAAUUAGCCCAUUUAUUCUCAUCGUUUGUGGAAAGUUUUCGUGAUUGUGCUCAAAUGGUAAGUAUUAUCGGUCACAGUACAAUGCGACCGGUUGUUGAGCAUAGUGGAUGUGCAGAACAUGUGUACAGUCCAUGGAGACUUGAUAGAAAUACAUUACGAUUUCAUUUAAAAGGAAGUUUACCAUAUGCACCAGUUUUGUUAGGACCACAACCAAAUCUUUUACGUUAUGUUUUGGAACAACCUUACAGUCGAGAUAUUGUGUGCGAUAUGCUAGGUUUACAAAAACAGCAUAAAAACAGAUGUAUAACGUUGGAAGAACAGUUAGUAGAAUUGGUAGUAAUUGCAAUGGAACGAUCUGAAUCUGAAUUACCACCAAAUCCUGCUAAUUUCCCUGGAGGUAAUACAUCAUCAUCGGAAAAUUCUGAUGAUCAAUCACAUUGUCAUUGGUUGUGGCUACAUUUAUCAUCCCAGUUGAUAUACUUUCAAUUAUUUCAACAUGCAAGUUUCCCGAAUAUUGUUAUUGCUUUACAUGAUAAGUUGGCAGGACGAGAAUUUCGAAAAGGUCGUGAUCAUUUAAUGUGGGUUUUAUUACAAUUUAUUUCUGGAAGUAUACAGAGAAAUCCGCUAUCAAAUUUUCUUCCUGUUCUUAAAUUGUACGAUUUAUUGUAUCCAGAACGUGAACCACUAUUAGUUCCUGAUUAUACGAAAGCACAAUGUACUCAUCAAAUGGCAAUUACCUGUAUUUGGAUACAUUUACUGAAAAAAGCACAAACAGAUCAUGAUAUGAGCUUAAUGCAGCGACCUAUUCCACAUGCCUUGAAGAAUCAUCAUGACUUUUUACAGCACCUAGUGAUGACAAACAAUGCUGGAUUAUGUAUGGGUAACGAUUAUCGUAUUGCUUUACUUUGUAAUGCAUAUUCAACAAAUCAAGAGUAUUUUUCGCGACCAAUGGCAGCCUUAGUGGAAACUAUUUUAGGCAAUAGUAAAUCUGGACAAACACUUCAAUCAUCACCGGGUCCAACAACACCAUUAUCGAUGGCAAUUCUUGAUUCAUUAACAGUACAUUCUAAAAUGAGUUUAAUACACAGUAUCGUUACACAUGUAAUUAAAUUAUCUCAGAGUAAAGCGAAUAUUUCGUUAGCUCCCGCAUUAGUUGAAACGUAUAGUCGUCUAUUGGUUUACACAGAAAUUGAAUCUCUAGGAAUUAAAGGUUUUAUAAGUCAAUUAUUACCUACGGUAUUUAAAAAUCAAGCAUGGGGUACUUUAUAUACUUUGCUAGAAAUGUUCAGUUAUCGAAUGCAUCAUAUACAACCUCAUUACAGAGUUCAAUUACUAUCACAUUUACAUUCCCUUGCAGCUGUUCCACAAACAAAUCAAACUCAGUUGCAUUUAUGUGUUGAAAGCACCGCUUUAAGACUGAUUACUGGACUAGGAAGCCGUGAAGUACAACCACAAUUACAAAGAUUUCUUUCCGAACCAAAAACUUUAGUUUCAGCUGAAUCUGAAGAAUUGAAUCGUGCUCUUGUAUUAACUUUAGCAAGAUCCAUGCAUGUAACUGGAACAGGGUCUGAAACAUUGGGAGCUACAUGGUGUAAGGAACUUUUAAAUACAAUUAUGCAAAAUACACCACAUUCUUGGGCUCAUCAUACUUUAGAAUGUUUUCCACCAGUUUUAAAUGAAUUCUUUAAACAGAAUGUUGUUUCCAAGGAGAAUAAACAACAGCUGAAGAAAGAUGUGGAAGAAGAAUAUCGUAAUUGGACAUCAAUUAAUAAUGAAAAUGAUAUUAUAGCUCAUUUUUCCGUAGCUGGAACGCCUCCGUUAUUUUUAUGCUUGUUAUUUAAGAUGAUUUUGGAAACGGAUCGUAUUAGCCCCAUUGCAUACAAAAUUUUAGAAAGAAUUGGUGCAAGAGCAUUAUCAGUACACCUACGAAAAUUCUGUGAUUGCCUUGUUUUUGAAUUUACAAACUCGCCCGGCGGCCAACAUGUAAAUAAAUGUGUGGAUACAAUUAAUGAUAUGAUUUGGAAAUACAACGUUGUAACUAUUGAUAGAUUAGUCUUAUGUUUGGCUUUGAGAACGCAAGAAGGAAGUGAAGCUCAAGUAUGUUUCUUUAUUAUUCAAUUAUUACUAUUAAAAGCUGCUGAAUUUCGUGGACGCGUUCAAGAAUUUGUUAAAGAAAAUUCACCAGAACAUUGGCGACAGUCAAAUUGGUAUGAAAAACAUUUAUCAUUUCAUCGUAAAUAUCCUGAGAAAUUUGCACCAGAGGAACAAAAUGUUGGUGGAGCUACUGGAUUACCUGUACUUUUCGGAAAUGUUUGUCUACGUUUCUUGCCUGUAUUUGAUAUUGUUACACAUCGAUAUUUAGAAAUACCACAAGUAACUAAGAGUUUAGAAAUUUUAUUAGAACAUUUAGGAUGUUUGUAUAAAUUUCAUGAUCGUCCUAUAACUUAUUUAUAUAACACUUUACAUUAUUAUGAGCGAAAACUUCGUGAACGGCCAUCAUUAAAACGACGUCUUGUUGGAGCUGUUUUGGGAAGUUUGAAAGAUAUUCGCCCACCAGGUUGGGCGCUAUCUGAAGCUUAUCAAGUAUACUUAACUAGACAACCUGAUGACAUUACUUGGGUUCCGGAGUUGGACUACUAUCGGCAUAUGGUUAAAAGAGUUGUUGAAACAAUGAAUGGUGAAGCAUGUUUUCCAGUAGCUGAUUGGAGAUUUAACGAAUUCCCUAACGCAGGAGCACAUGCAUUGUAUGUUACGUGUGUAGAAUUAAUGGCACUACCAAAUUGUCCAGCAUUUGUGGCUAAUAGCUUAUUGGAUGUGGUAACAAAAGGAUAUAUUGUCAUUCCUCAAGAUCAAUUGCAUGCUUGGAUUAAUGCAAUUGGUGUUAUAAUGUCAGCUCUUCCAGAAAGUUAUUGGGUUGUAUUACAUGAUAGAUUAGAAGAAGUUAUUUCUUCCCCGUUAAUGCAAAACUGGACCCACUUAGCAUCUCCGUUCCAGUUAUUUAAUUUGGAGGAAACUUCGAAUAGUUUAUUAGAAAAUCAAUUUAGUCAUACUUUAGCAUUAGUUCAUUCCAUGUGGCAUCAUGCUGGUAUGGGUCAACUGGCGAGUGUUUUACAAUUAGUAAAAGAAAAAUUAGGUCCUUUAGUAAGAACAGAACCGCAAUUACUGUUCAUUUGUCAUUUAAUUGGACCAUUUUUACAACGCUUUAGUCAAGAACGACCAACAACCACCAUGGAUUUAACAUUGACUCUCUAUGAGUUAUUAGCUGCUGUUGAUCAAGCGAAUACUACAUUAAGUUAUAUGGAUCCAAUAUGUGAUCUUUUAUACCAUAUUAAAUAUAUGUUUGUGGGUGAUAUGAUGAAAGCGGAAGUUGAAGGUGUUAUUAGACGUUUACGACCUGCUUUACAAAUGAGACUUCGUUUUAUAGCACACCUUAAUAUUGAAGAAAUUAAUCCUAAUAAUUAAAUUUUUAUGGUCACAUAAUUAUCAUAAUGUUCUCUUUUGAAUACCAUUUAUUAAAAUUAUAUACCAAAAUACUAUUUCAUAGUAUGUUGGCCCUGAUGAAAAAAAAAUAUUGACUGCAGAAAUCGAGAAAUGUCCCGAAAGAAAUUAUGUUUUAAUUAGGUUACGUAAUAAGUUUAAUAUAAUUAUUGUCUAUACGUAG